AUGCUUCGCCUACACUGGUGGGCAUCAUCCCGAAUAGUAGCAGUUCCAGUCCGACUCUUCAGCCAAACCCCUAUUGUCCCAGCAAAACCCCUCCCCCCACGGCUCAAGAUCAACGAUGCCGACAUAUCAAUAUCCUACCUUAAAGGCACGGGGCCUGGCGGACAGAAGAUCAACAAAACCAAUUCAGCCGUGCAAAUCAUCCACAGGCCCAGCGGGGUGGUAGUCAAAUGCCAAGCGACUCGGUCACAGUCGCAAAAUGCGAAAAUUGCGCGCUCGCUGCUCGCCGAUAAAAUCGAGGCGCAGGAGAAGGGGGAUAAAAGUCGAGUUGCGAUUAAAGCUGCAGCGGCGAAGAAGAAAAAGGCUAGUAAGAUGAAGAAGACAAGAAGGAAGUAUCGGGAGCUUGCCGAGGGGGAAAAGGUUAUUGAGGAAGAAGAGGACGAGAUUGAGAUUAUAUGGGACGAGGAUGUGAAGGAAGAUGUAAAGGAAGAUGUAAAGGAGGGAAGUACGGAGGCUACACCGGAAGUUGGCGAUGAGUCUGAAUCGUCCGCUGGAGAUUCUGGAAAGCGUGUAUGA